GAUUCAGUUGCAGCUUUGUCGUUUUCAGGGGCGCAACGAAAUAAGCUCAGUUCGGGCGGUUGAGAGGGCCAGUUCGAGACGCUCCUCACUGCAGUCGGCACCCUUUUAGGGAUGCGAUUCCAGUUCCAUGUUUUUCAGCAGUCAUGGGACACGCUUGUACCGGUAGAGCAAUGAGAACAUCUUCAUUAAUGUCUACACCAUCGCUGCAUCACUGUACUCAGACUCUAGUUUAGGCAUUGCAAUUGCCUGCAAUAAACUUACCGUACCUAGUAUCAGACUGCAGUCUAUGUAGAUUCCUUCCCUGUAAACUGAAAAUGGAUCUGGAGAGGGAGAUCAACACAAGCCCAAUGAUAAGGAACAAUGUGGGUUUCCAAGAGCCCACAUUCCAAUCUUCUCCUCAAAACCUUCUCCUUCUGCUCCCUUUACUUACCAAGCUGCAGCCCUUUGGCCGGCACCUUCACCUCGACUCUUGUGGGCCAUUCUCGGAGGGGCAACCAAGCAGCUCAUUGACACCGGGAGCUAUUCCAGGGCUUCUCUUGAACCAAGAUGGCAGCGCAGAUGAAGGUUCUCGUGGCGGCGGCACUCACGGUGUCAGCUCUGCUCUCUGUGGCUGACGCCAGGCCAGGACGCGCACUCUUACAAGGUAGCCGCACGAUCACCGUCCACAACAAUUGCUCCGAGACCAUCUGGCUCGCCGCUCACACGACCCCGGGCCAUAACCUCCUGACCGAACCCGCCAGCCCCGUUCUCCCCCCGGGGGGCAGCGCCGCAUACUACACCGACAACAACUGGAUCGGGCGCAUCUGGGGUCGUACCAAGUGCGGGGGGGAUCCCUUCAGAUGCGGGACGGCGGACUGCGACGGGGUGACGUGCAGAUUCGGUGUGACGGGGACCCCCCCCGCGACGCUGGCGGAGUUCGCGAUGACCCAGUGGGGAGGGCUCGACUUUUAUGACGUCAGCGUGGUGGACGGGUUCAACCUGCCGAUGCAGAUCGCUCCGUCCGUUUCGAGCUGCGUCACCGCCGGCUGCGAGUACGACAUCGUGGCCACAAACAACUGCCCCGCGCCGCUCCAGCAAAAGGAUUCCAACGGCGCCGUGAUCGGGUGCUACAACGCGUGCGCGGCGCCCGAGUUCCAGUCCUCCCCCGACCUCGACAAGUACUGCUGCAUCGGGAAGUAUAUCGACGCCGACGCGUGCAUCGCCGUCCAUCCGGACGCGUAUACGACCGCCCAUAAGCAGGCGUGCCCGCUCGCGUAUUCGUACGCUUACGACGACGCGAACAAGAGCCUGUUUGCCUGCGCGCAGGCGAAUUAUGAUAUUUAUUUCUGCGGGGGCCCCGGGUUGACAAAGUUUUAGGAAGUGGAUGCGAAGAGACCGCCGGUAGAGCGGGGAUGAGCCUGGUUGAGUUGCCGCGUUGCAGAUUUGCUAGGGAACACCGAUGCUUGAGAAGCUCGGGUUUCGAUUGAUGGCUCCCAGGGGUUGAGAUGACAACAAAGUUGCUUUGUACCAUAGUUUAGCGGCCAUUAUUUGCUGCGGAAAUACUGUACUGCAGGCGCCACGCGUGGUGCUUUUUAUUCGCGGCAUCAAGCCGUGACAACACUGCUCCGUUUUAGACAUUCGUUUGUUAAAGUAGACUUCAACGUUCUUUAAAGACAGCUUGGCGCAAGAAGGUAGAGCUUGAGUUCGCUAAUGAGGGCAUUCAGAGACGCACAGCUCCCUAGCGCAGACUUUACAUUACUAGUCAAAAGUUGCUACAGUGAUUUGCUUUCAUUCAUAAUCGGGUCGGGCUUGCGGCGCAGUCGCGCUCAG